CACAAGGAAUUCUGCGCGAGCGGCCGUCGUUUUCCGUUUCCAUUUUAUUAUUUCUUCGUUCCGCUGACCCCAAGUGCCCACAGUUCUCCUUGGAGCACCUCGCAUCACUUGUACACACCUGGAAAGGAGCUGUUCUACGGUUGUACGUGCAUUCAAAAGGGUGUUGUAUGAGUCAAAAAAUAGAAAAGCCAGUGUUGUCAGGUCAACGUAUAAAGACCAGAAAAAGAGAUGAAAAAGAGAAGUAUGACCCGACUGGCUUUCGAGAUGCCGUUUUGCUUGGCCUGGAGAAGGCUAGUAACGACCUAGAAGCAAUCUCCAAGUAUUUGGAUACGGCUGGUUCCAAAUUGGACUACCGUCGGUAUGGAGAGGCCCUUUUUGACAUUUUAAUUGCCGGUGGCCUCUUGGUGCCAGGUGGCUCCAUUGCCCAAGAUGGAGAUAAACCAGUCAAAACUACCGCUUGCGUAUUUGAACAACCUGAGGAUAUGGACUCAAUGAAAAAUUUUGAGCAGGUCUUCAUCAAGUUGAUGCGUCGAUACAAAUACUUGGAGAAGAUGUUUGAAGAAGAGAUGAAGAAAGUGCUAGUUUUCAUGAAAGGAUUUACGCCAAAGGAAAGGAUCAAGUUAGCACGAAUGACAGCUCUAUGGAUCUCAAACGGCUCGGUCCCGCCAACUGUCCUAUCCGUUUUAAUUAACGAACACCUUGUUAAAGAUAAUCUGGCCCUGGAUUUCUUAAUGGAAGUCUUUGUUACUUGGAAGCAGGAGAAGGGAUUACCCAGUCUUAUGACAGCUUUGAAACGUGGUGGUAUUGAAGGAAGGUUAAUGGAAUUCGUCCCACCUAACAAGAGGACAGAGGAGUAUUUCCGCUCGAUUUUUGAAGCAAUCGGUUUGGCUGACAUUGUCAAAUUGCACAAAGCCCAAGCCAGCCAAGAGGCUAAGCGCGAUCUGCAACAACUUCUUCUGGAUGAUCUAGCAGAUAAUCGACCUAUCAAAGAUAUCGUGCUCGACCUUAAGGAAAUGGCCCAGCGGAAUGGCAUUCCUGAACAUGAAGUCAUCGGCCUUAUUUGGGGAGUAGUUAUGGGCCAAGCUGAAUGGAACAAGAAGGAAGAACUUGUUGCCGAGCAAGCUUUGAAACACUUAAAGAUCUACACUCCGCUAUUUGGUGCUUUUACAUCAACUGCCAGAUCUGAACUCGCCCUCAUCCUAAAGGUCCAGGAAUUCUGCUACGAGAACAUGAACUUUAUGAAAGUCUUCCAGAAGAUUGUCUUGCUCUUCUAUAAAACGGAUGUUGUGUCGGAGGAAGUGAUCUUGAAGUGGUACAAGGAGGGGCACUCUGUAAAGGGGAAAAUGCUCUUUUUGGACCAAAUGAAAAAAUUCAUUGAGUGGCUGCAGAACGCCGAGGAGGAAUCGGAAUCCGGAGAGGAAGAGGAUUAAAAUUAUCAAGAUACAUUCAAACAACAUUGCCAGAACACACUACGUCAGUAUUCUGUCGAAAAUUUUGAAGCUCUCAAGCAGAAAGCGAUCUAAUCUGUAAAAAUCGGUGUAGGGGUUUUUCGAAACGAAAUAAAAAGCAAAAAAUACAAACGGAAAACUUAGAAUCAGUACGGGACACAAUGUGUCAGGACAGGUACAGGAAAAAUUUAUGGUCAAAUUGUUAAUAAAAAAGGAUCGAAAUGACUAACAACCAAUUAGCACGGGAGAUGAAUUGUAAUGUCUCUAAAUUGUAUUACUUUAAGAAAAAAUAUUUUGUGUUACAUUUUUAUAACUCCGCUACAAAA